AUGCCACAUUUCGGCGAAAAACACCAUCAUCAACAUUAUCGUAGCCCACAGGCAAAAGGUACCAGUACAAGAUCACAACAACAACUAAACAGACGACCACAUCUCACCCGUAUCCAAGGAAAAAUCAAUCUCAUGAAUGGCCCAAACAGCGACAGGUUUGCCGUGGACGACCGGCCAACCUUGCGCGACUCCACCUUUGUUGUGGAUAACAUGUCCAUGAUCUCUGUGAUGUCCAAGAUGUUUCAUGAAAACAGUGGCGAUGACGAUUUCUCGACCUAUGAGUAUUCGUUGGGCGCUCCAUCCUACUUCAACUCAGCUCCAUCUCUCCGAAAUCUAAGUCCCGAAGAUAAAGCAGCCAACCACAACCUCUCACAGUACUUUGGCCGUAGUACCAGACUCUGCGCCGAUUAUAGCGACAACGAUACACAAGAAGAAGACAGCGUAUGCUUUAGUGAAGAUAUUGAAGAAGGAGGCGAAGACAAAGAGUCAUUGGAUGAGGAAACACUAGAUGAAACUAGAAACAAAGAUGACAUUCUGGGAUCUCUUCGACUGAGGGUUCCGGACAAGGCAGCCCAGCCAGUCCAGAUGGAAAAGGCAAGCGGUCGACGCUCGAGGGACUAUGCUGAUAAACUAUUGGGAUUGGGCGACGAUUCGACCUCCCAUGAGACUACCAGCACAAUUCAAAGUGAUGAAUUUGGAGAGCCAACCAAAACAAAGAAAAAGCGCUGGUUUGGUGGUCGUGUCUUCAAGAAGAAGGGAGGCAAUGACAAGCACGAGAAGAGCAAAAACCGCGCAAAGGCCAGCCUGCAGAUGCCGCCCUCGAAAACCCGAGCAAGACCAGCAAGAAUGGCCUCCUUUUAG